ACAGCUUAGACAGGGGAGUUAACUACUAAUUGCAACCAACCUUCAAUUGCAUAUCGUGGAUGGCUUUAAGCAUGCUGGAAGAUGGUAUCUUGGCAAGAUUAUUGGAAAUGAAUGUCCAGAAGAGCUAACAUUGUUUGAACAGUCAUCUUCAUCCUCCAGAAAAAAAAAGUGAAAUUUCAACUCCAUUUUAAAUUUGUGGUCAAAACAGCUCUCUCAGAUAGUUCAUCUCCAACACCCACCUGCGUUCUAUGUGAAGCUCCAUUUGCAUUGAAAGACACAAUCAAUAUGGAUAUUUCCCCCGAUCAGCAGAGUGAAAAAGAUGUUUCACUGAUUGUACAUGUUGAUGACACACAAAGUGAUCUAGAAGCUGAUUUAAUGGCAUCCGAGACAGAUAAUGUGAAAAUGGACACAACGGUAAAUGAAGAAACAAAUGGCAGAAUUGAAAUGGAGAAAAUAAUUGAAGAAAAUGCUCAGAAGGAAACAGAGCAAACUAAAAUGAAAGGUCAUGUUAGGCCAAAAAGGGAUCAGUCGGACAUUGACAAACCUCGGAACCACCGUUGGAAUUUGAGGAUCACAGGUUUUACUUCAAAGACCUGUUUGGAUGAGCUGAAAAGGCUUUGUAGCCAGUACGGCACAGUUUUGGGUGGCAGUAUAUCAUCAAAAAAACAAAAAUCUGGUGUUCAAUAUCGUGCUAGUAUAGGAAUGUCUCAGCCUGAAGAGGCUGAAAAAUGUAUUGCAUUUCUGAACCAAACUAAAUUUGAGGGCCAUAAGAUAAAAGUUGAAAAGAAACGAUGGAGACAUAACAGUCUGUGGAGAAAACUUGAACUCUCUCAAAAACAGGAGGAGUCUUUGAGAUUGUUUCAACUUGGUGAACAGUUAAGGUGGGAGAAAAUGAAAAUAGAAAAUCUGAACCUAUCAAAAUGUGAAAUCGGAAGACAACUUCUUGAACUGAAUUUUCUAUGGACAGAGGUGUUGCUGCUGAAUGAGAUGAGAAAUGCCAUGGAAAUAUCUAAUGAUCCAAGAGAUGCAAAUAAGCGAAAGUUCUCAGGUGGAUCCAUGAGAUCACGGAUGAACAGUCCUCAUACCCCCUCUAUAUUUCAACUUCCAUUCCAAAAUCAAUCUUGGUUGGAAGGAAAUACCCAUUCCAUGCACCAACCUCAAGAUCAAAGCAACCCAGAUGGACCCACACAAUCAAAGAGAAAGAGGAAUAGGAGGAACAAUUCCCAUAUCCCCUCUCUAUUUGAACGUUCAUUCCGAAAUCAACCUUGGCUGAAAGACACGAUCGGUUUCAUGCAGAACCUUCAGGAUGGAAGCAGUCCCCGUAAAGAAGCACUCUCGGCUGGACCCAUGGGAUCGAUAAUGAGAAAUUUCCCUAUACUCGCUGCAUUACAACUUCUAUUAAAAAGUCAGUUUCGUGGUAAUGAAUAUAAGAACACGGAUUAUGGAAAACAAGUUCAGAGUAAUGAGAUGACUGGGAGAGUUUUGGAAGGUGUAAGCCACUUGGAUAUCCCUGAAGAAAAACAAAUGAAGAAGCAAGAAACGUUUCCUUUCCCAAAUGUUCAAAAGAAAGUUGAAAGACAAAUUGAAGAAAAACUUAAACAGCUGAGAGAACUUAUACAUUCCAUACAGAAAUCUCUGAAUCAAAGGAAACAACAUGAUGAACCCAAUCAACCCAGCAUGAGCAAUUAUAACAACACUUCUAGAUUUGAUCUUCCAUUCCAGAAUGAAUCUCGACCGGAGGAAAUGACUCAUUCUAUGAAGAGACCUCGUGGGGAUAAAGACUGGAACAGACCCAGAAGAUCCAGGAGGAGCAGUUAUAACAACAACGCUCCUAGAUAUGAACCCCCAUUCCAGAAUGAAUCCUACUAUAAUGAAUAUGGCAAUACAGAUUAUGGAAGAUGGGUUGGUCAGACAGAAAGAGGAAUGACGAGUUGGGAAAUGGGUCCUUCGCAAGAUUUUCAAGGCAGAAAUGAUGACUGGUCUCGAACAGAUGAAAACUGGAUAGGCUUUGAUGCAAGAAGAGACAUGGGUCGAAGUAGAGAACCUGAAAGAAGUUAUAUUGGCCCUAAUCGAGAACAAGAUCCUGACAGCCGAAAUACAUCCUCUCGUAAUAGAAGGGGUCAAAUGAGAAGUUCUCUUGGUGGUGGAUCUAACCAGAGAUCUUGGGAUUCCAGCAGUGUAGAUAGGAAGGUGGACAGCUGGUCCCACACGUAUGGAGACAUUGGCAACAGUAGCAUGAACCAACCCAAUGACCAGUGGUUUGGUAACCCCGUGAAUUCAACAGGGCGUGACACUACUGGAGCAUUUGUUGACAGUAGUAAAACAACUAACAGUAAAGGGAUGGGAUACAACCAGAGACCUACUAACAGUGAAGGGAUGGGGUACAACCAGAAAUCUACUAACAGUGAAGGGAUGGGGUACAAUCAGAGACCCUCUAACAGUGAAGGGAUGGGGUACAAUCAGAGACCCUCUAACAGUGAAGGGAUGGGGUACAACCAGGGACCCACUAACAGUGAAGGGAUGGGGUACAACCAGGGACCCAUUAACAGUGAAGGGAUGGGGCACAACCAGGAAUCCACUAACAGUGAAGGGAUGGGGUACAACCAGGAAUCUACUAAUAUGUUUGAUAAUUCUCAGGCACAGGAUGGGAUCAUGUUGAAUAUACAUGGUGGUGGUAAUAACAAGAAUGGACAAAUGCAACAGCCUUAUUUCAAUGCUUAUAACACAGGAUACCAAAAUGAAGGCUUUCCAUCAAGUACAGUUGGGAGUCAGAACAGGUUGUUUAACUAGAAGGAGAUGAAGUCUGAGAUACACUUUAAUUUUUUUUUAUAUUUUAAUUCCUGAUGGAGAAAAGGAAAAACAUCAUAUGAUCUUUUUUGUCCAAGCAAUAAAAGCACUAAGCAGUGUUAUGCUAAAAAACAUAUACUCUCGGAUUUAUUUGCUGUGAACUCGUUUACUCAAGUGAUUUGAAUUCACAGCUAACGUGAUAACCCAAGGGAGUUCACAUCUGUAAGAUAUAGGGAACACAGCUUGUGGGUCUUAAAGUGAGUUUAUGGCUAGAAGGAAUAAGUGCUUUCAUGAUGUCUAGAGAGGUGUGUGGUGGGGGGUUAGUUUACUAAUAGUUACCAAUGGAGCUCAUGGAUAGUGGUCUUAGACAGCCAGAUAAGAUUACCUUUUUCAUGGAGGGAACUAACUGAUAAACUGAAAUAAUUGGGAAUGAGACUUGAUAGAGGCAGAAGAACAUUUAGGUAAUGAGGACAUUUCUGAAUGGAUGAACACCAACUGGGUCUUGGAUGUCAAUAUGGAAGGUAGUUUAUAAAUAAAGAUAUGGCUGCUAAUACUGGACAUUGCUCACCCCACAUGUUGUAUAAACAUUUACUGAUGAUUGAUAAUUUUUCCAUCAUUAGUCAAAUAAAAACCAUAUGCUUGCUUUUCUUAUAAA